CAUUCUGGAUUAUUAUUACUCCGCGAGAUUAUUCAGAUGUAGCCCUGUGUUCGUCUGCUCGUUUCUCUCCGCAAUUAGACGCUAGCAGUAGCUAAGGGAAUCUGGGCAGCAAUGUCCAGUGCUAAACAAAUGCCACAAGACUUGUGAAAAUGAAAGAACCAUUUCAGGCAGGAGCAGUGCCUUGCCGGAAGUUGAUCUUCUGGACACAGCCAGUGGAUAGAGCCGCAUGCAGGCAAACUGAAUUUAAAGAUGGAGUGUAAACAAGAAAGUACCAAAAGGGGCAACAUACUAGGAGUUCACAUCCUGGAAUUCAUCAAGCAUGGCUAUUCCAAGACUGAAGUGACCCUUGCAGCCACCUGUGGAAUGAAUCACACAACGUUUUGAUUAGAAAGUCACUGGAGCUCAGGCUGUUCAUUUGCAAAUGCCAACGUUAAAUGGCCAUUCUCAGCAUGUCCCACGCUGUACACUCCUAGGAGCCAAGCAGAAAUGUGUGGGAUACUGCUAACAUAGCGUGUAGAGAGUCGGAGAGCUCAGCAUGCUCGCUCUGGGAAGAGCCAGGCUGCAAACAUGGCAUAGUAUGAAGACUGUUAAAUGCUGUAGCUUAAAGAAAACAUUUGCAGCACAGAAGAAAUGCUCUUGGAAUAUGUGGCAAGACAGAAUUCAGCUCUGAUGAAAACACAAAGAUCUGAACGGUGUUAUGGAAAAUAGUGCAAUUCAUGUCCAGAAAAGCCAGUCAUCAGUCCAUAGUGAAAGGAAACAACGGGCUCCCGCCUGUAGACCGGCUCCUGAAGUUCCUUGUGGAUAGCUCUGCCGACUGCGAGGAGGAAGUUCAGUGUGCAAACUGCGACCAGGAGUGCAAGAAACAGGAAAUGGACACCAUGUAUUUCUGCAACACCUGUAACCAGCCCCUCUGCAGCAAGUGCCGCGAAGAGACCCACAAAGCCAAGAUGUUCGCUCGCCACGAGAUUGUGUCCUUGACUAAGCGCACUAAAGACAUCCACAAGAAAUGCUCUCUUCAUGAGGAACCUUACAUCAUGUUUUCAACAGAGAAAAAAUCCAUGCUCUGCAUUAACUGUUUCCGGGACAUGCAGGUAGAAAGCCGAGCCCACUGCAUUGACAUCGAGACUGCGUACAUGCAAGGCUGCGAGAAGCUCGACCAGGCUGUGAUGGCCGUGAAAGAGCUCCAGACGUCCACGCGAGAGGCCAUUGUCCUCCUCAAAGCCAUGAUUGAGGAGGUGCGCAACAGUGCAGAUGAGGAGAAGACAUCCAUCAACUCACUCUUCAGUAGCAUGCAGGAGAAACUAGCAGAGAGAAAAAAGAUGCUUCUGAAAGCUGUUCAGAGUCAGUAUGAAGAGAAGGAAAAGGCAUUUAAGGAGCAACUCUCCCACCUGGCCUCCCUGCUGCCCACCCUGCAGGUCCAUCUGGUCACCUGUUCUGCUUUUUUGAGCUCUGCGAACAAAGCCGAAUUCCUGGAUUUGGGAUACCAACUGAUGGAGAGGCUCCAGAAAAUAGUCAAACUUCCACAUCGCUUGAGACCUACGCAGACGAGCAAGAUAAACACCGAGUACAGAGCUGAGUUUGCCCAUUGCUUGGAGCCCCUGUUGCUGCUGAAUCCACGCCGCUCUGUGGUGGUGAGCGGAGGCAGCAUUGGACCAGGGAUCAGCAAUGGAAACAUGCUCUCGGGUGGCCAGUGCUCCACGACACUGAUCGUGCCUGGCUGUCCCCCUUCCUGCGAUAAGAUGUCCAUCACAGGCGCUAUCGUGCGAAAGCCAACCAUGCAUCGUUCCAUCAGCACCAAGGUCCUGCUGGCCGAAGGAGGGGAGACGCCCUUCACUGAGCACUGUCGCAACUAUGAGAACAUGUAUCGGACCCUGCAAACAGAGAUUCAGAACCUGAAGGAUCAGGUACAGGAGCUGCAUCGUGACCUCACAAAGCAUCACUCCCUCAUCAAGACAGAGAUCAUGAGUGAGAUCCUACAGAAAUCCCUCCAGAUGGAUGUGCAGAUUGCCUCGGAGUAUUCGUCUGUGGAAAUGAUGCGGAGCAUGUUUGAAGAGAUUUGGGAGGAAACAUAUCAGAGGGUGGCAAAUGAGCAGGAAAUUUAUGAAGCACAGUUACAUGACCUGUUGCAGCUGAAACAGGAAAACAGCUACCUGACAACCAUCACCAAACAGAUUGCCCCCUAUGUCCGCUCCAUAGCUAAGGUGAAGGAACGGCUGGAGCCCAGACUACAAGAACCCAGGGAACUGAAGGAUGACCAGACAGAGAAUCUGCUCAAAAUUUACGAUGACAGCACAGUGACCAGCGAAAUAACACACAGGAACGACUUGACAAGAAGCAUGGAAGACAACAGGGAGCCCAAAGUGGACAACCGAAUGCUGAACAUUGUCACUGAGGAUUCCCUACUGAAAGACACUUACAGAACCAAACAGAAAGGUGGGACAGAGAGUCCCAGCCAGAAAGAUUUUGCAACUUAGGCAAGGCAGAGUGCCAAGAAGCUGCACUGCUUUGCAUUUCAUAUAUGCAAACAAAAGACUUAAAUAGGAGUUUCUCAAGUACAUUUAUGGUUGAGUCAGGCUGGUAUGUUACAGAGGAUCUAUCCAUUGAAAUAAAGACUUGACAAGAUGGGAAGGACCAGCAUUUCCAAAUUUAGUUUGAUGAAAUUGAGUCUUGAAAUGCAGAUUAAGGCUUCACCAAUUCAGUUAAUCUAAAUACUGUUCUCAUUACAUUAUCAGAUGGUUUUUAAUCAGUUAUGGUCGGAUUUCCCAGGCCAAUUUCUUUGGCUAUUUGUGUAUUUUCAACAACGUUAUACUGUAUUUUUCUGCAUCAAUAAAUUCAAACCUCUAUUCAGCAGAGAAGUCCAGUAUCUCCUGAGUCAGAACUCUUUGGUGGGCCCCCCAUCAGGUCAGUAACUUGUUAUUGGAAUUGGUCUCCUUUCUCCUUCACAUGGAAACUUUGAAAAAACAAAUAUUGAUAUACUUCACACCUGAAAUCCCUUGUCUCAGCUGCUCAAAGCAAACUGUAAGCUCUUGAUGGUGAACCUAGAAAAAAUGGAGUAUUAAUAAGCCUAAUUUUGACAUUGUGCUAUCAAUUUAUUUUAAAUGCAUGAAAACAGCUAGCUCUACGUAAGUUUUAUUCCCACUACCCCUACUCCCUGCCCCAAUGAAUACAAUUUAUUUAAAAGCCUAGCUAAAUAAACAAUGUAUUCUUUGUUAAAAGUGGAAUGUAGCUAUUUCCUCAAAAAGAAAGUCACCUUGCAUAGCCUUGAAGCUGGGUUUGGGGCGGUUAUUUUGGGGAGGAAUUGUUUUUAACACUUCAGCACUUUAGUGUAAUGAGAUCAGUAGGACAACAAUGUUUUCCUGAGGUUUUUAUGCUGUAGACUGUUCAGAAGUCUUGUUUUCCAUACAAGAUGUACACAGCUUUGUAUAUUAAAAAUCUGAAAAAAAUAAAAUAUCAGUUCUUGAAACUUCA